AUGCGUGGCGUGCAGGAGGGUGCGGUCGGUGCGCGCGCGCCUCAGAGAUGCACAUCGCAGAAGCGUUUAGUCCUGCGUUAUAUUAAUGCAGUGACUUCGGCGAUGAGGACGAGUCCGCGAUGGUCGCAGGCGGCUGGCGCACCGAACGCCGUCCUGAGCUCGGCCACCACGAGUACUAUGGCGCUGAGUCUUACGCGCGCAGCGCAGAUGCUCGCUCGGUCUGAGCUAUCUCUACAGGAAAAGGAGCAGGAUGAUUUGAAAGAGGAUGCGCGCUCAGAGCCUGCGAGUGUCGGCCUGUUGGGCGGCUUUACUGUGCUAUGUGCUCAGCUUCGCAUGGUAUCAGAUGUGGCCGAGAUUCCGCUGCCUACUUUGUUAUCGCACUUUAUCGGUGUGAUCCUCAGCCCGAGAACGACAGGCGCAGUCACGCAAGUGGCGCUGGAAGCAGUGGCGGCGUUCCUGGACGGUGGCCUGUUCCGCACGUCGAGUAUCGGACUGGAGCAGGCUGUGCAGGAAGUGGCGCAUGCGACCUCUCACUGCCGCUUUGAGCCAUCGGAUGCAGGGAAAGAUGAGGUGGUGCUGCUGGCGAUUCUUGAUGUUAUGUAUGCGCUGGUCCGCGGCCGCGCAGUGCGCGACGACGACGACGCUAACAGGGAGGGGAAGCCGUUUGUUGAUAUGCUCGGCGACGAAAGCGUGUGUGAGCUCAUGGAGACGUGUUUGAGCAUGGGCUGCCAGACGCGACUUAGUUCCGCGCUGCGGCGGACGGCCGAGCGCAAGAUGCAAGGUAUGAUCCGAGAGGUAUUCUCGCGUCUGCAGACCAUGCCACUCCAGGCUGACGAAGCGUACACGGAGACGGGGCGUCCGCAGGAGCCAGACGUGGCAACCCUGAUGGCAGACCGCGUUGGUGCUGACGCCGAAGACGACAAGCAACUGCGGAUGGCGACGCCCGAUCCCAAAAGUCGCUCCAUCCCUGCAGCAGGGGGUGGGACAGAGCCUGAGGAAGAGCCGCUCAGGAACGAGCAGGAGGAAUCAGAGCCUCCGGGCGAAGCCCAAGGAGAGCCGAAUAUGGACGAGCAGAGAGACAAAGAGGCUUUGGACAAGCCCGCCGACCCAGCGCCCGAGCCGCGAGAGCCGUUCGAUGCCCAUCACCACGCGCCCACGCCCGGGGCAUCCAACGCGGACGAGGUGCGCACAUCGACCGAUGUGGACCGACGUAUGCGAUCAGCCGAACCUGUGGUGCCGUUUGGCAUGCCAGCGCUCAAAGAGAUUCUGCGCGUCCUUAUUUCGCUGCUGGACCCCGGCAGUGUGCGGCACACCAUGACUAUGCGCCUGCUGGGUCUGUCACUGCUGGGCAGCGUGCUGGACACGCAUGGUGCAUGGCUUGCGCGCUUUCCAUCGCUGCGAGCCCUCCUGGGCGACUCUGCGUGCCGCUACCUCUUCCAGCUUGCGAAUAGUGAGUAUGGUCCGCUAGUCGCACACAGUCUGCGUGUGUUGCAUGUGCUGUUUGUCGAGCUUCGUGGGCACCUCAAGAUGCAGCAGGAACUGCUUCUUCAGUUCUAUGUGCAGCAGCUUCGAUCAGCUCAGACGUUGGUGGACAAGCCGUGGUCGGACGAAGAAAGCCAGCCCGAAUCUCCCCCGGUCCUCGCCUCCUUCCACGCGAGCGCCUCGGGUGAGCAACGCGAGCUGUUUACCGAGGCCUUGUGCCACCACCUUGCGGGCGACGACGACGCCGCGGAUCCGUUUGUGGUACUGUGGCGCAACUACGAUUGCGAUAUGGACUGCGCGAAUUUGUACGAUCAUGUCACUCAGUUUUUGUGUCGCGCUAUUUUUGCGCAGCCGAUGCCUGGUGCAGCGGCGAUGGCGCCGCGCACUUCGCCGUCCGGGUUGCAGCUCGUGGCACUCGACAUGGUCUUGGGCAUGGUCGAGCGCAUGGCAGCGCGGCACGAGUCCGGCGGCACGGACGAGUCGGGGCUGCCGAGCACACUGCGUAUGCAACGCGAGCGCAAAGCGCUCCUGGCCGCUGGCGCGGCGGCAUUCAAUCAUAAGCCGAAGGACGGCAUUGCUUUUCUUGCGCAGCAGGCGCUGCUUGCGCCGAGUGGUCGCGAGCGAGCGCGCAGCAUUGCGCGCUUCCUAAAAGACUCGCCGCUGGUGGACAAGCGUCUGCUGGGUGACUACAUUUCGCGUGCAGAGAAUGUGGAUGUCUUGGCCGAGUAUAUGGACAUGUUCGACUUUGGCGAAUGCGACGUGGCCGAGGCUAUGCGCGCGCUCUGUGAGGCCUUCCGGCUGCCUGGGGAGGCGCAGCAGAUUGCGCGCAUCACCGAGACGUUCGCGCGCAAGUACUUUGCGUCCAAGCCGCCCGGGAUCCGGAGUGAGGACGCUGUCUACGUCCUAGCCUACAGUAUUAUCAUGCUCAAUACAGACUUGCACAACCCACAAGUGACGCGUCGUAUGACGACGGCCGACUACCAGCGCAAUUUGCGUGGUGUGAACGAUGGCGCCGACUUUGAUCAGGCGUACCUGGCGGCGAUCUACGACGGCAUCCGACGUCGCGAGAUUGUGAUGCCGGAAGAACACGCUGGCCAACUGGGCUUUGACUACGCGUGGAAAGAGCUGCUGCGUCGUGCGCGUGCCGGCAAUACGUUGCAUCUGUACACGGGCGCGGCUCUGGAUGCCGACAUGUUCCGGCACAGCUGGCGCCCCUUUGUGGCCAGUAUCGUGCAUGCAUUUUCGACGCUGCAGGACGAGCACCUGCUGCACCGCGUCAUUGCAGGAUGCCGGCAGUGCGUUGUGUUGGCGCGGGCUUAUGACGUGCCGGGCGUGCUGGACUACAUGGUCGAGCACCUCGCGUCCGCGACGGGUUUGAUGCCAGGCACCGAGCUGGACGAUGCACGCACCGAUGCCGUCGUCGAGCAUGACGGCACACGCCUCACUGUCUCGCCACUGAGUGUGGCUUUCGGCAGCCAGUUCAAGCAGCAGCUCGCGGCCGUGGUGCUAUUUACUAUCGCCCAUGGCAGCGGUGCCUCAUUGCGCUCGGGAUGGUCCAGUCUGCUGGCCUGCAUCGAGACGCUCCUGGUGCAUGGCCUGCUGCCACGCGGCACGGCGCAGAUGUAUGUGGCGCGCGACACGUAUGCGCCGAUUCCCCUCACGGGCAAGGGUGCGAUGACCGCCAGUACAGCUCCUGCCACAGCGGCCGCGGGCGGCCUCUUUUCCACGCUCUCGAGCUACUUUCUGUCGCCGUAUCCCGCUGCCUCCGAGCCUAUGCACGUCAGCGACGCGGAUCUUGAAAGCACGCUGUGUGCGCUUGACUGCCUUGCGUCGUGCAAGAUCCAUCAGAUGCACUCACACAUCGCCGAGCUGCCAGACGACGCACUCGCCGCGUACGUCGCUGCCGUGUAUGAGCGAUUGGGCGCCUCGGCGCGGCUGCGUCCCGAUUACAGCCCCGUGCCCGUGUUCUGGCUGGAGCAGUUGACCACGCUGGUAUGCACGCGCCCUGCGUGUGUCUCGCAGCAGCAGGCGCUGGAUGUGCACCUUGCGCGGAUCAAAGAGGCGCCGCAUACGCCGCCGACGGAACUCGAGAGGGCCACGUUGGGCGCGAUGCGGAUCGCUGCCGCUACGGACCACGUGCAUGAUGCGCUCAUGGCCGUCCUCGAUGCCCUGCGCAGCGUGCCGAGUACCUUGCAUGCCACCGUAAGUGCCGCGUUCCUGACGGGCCUCGUCACGAUCAUCGAGCGCGGCAUGCCGCCCGUCUCUGACGACGAGUGGCGAACGCUUCUGCAUCUGGUGACGUCGUAUGCACGCGUGCGCCGGGCGGCGACGGCGCGUGCGGCGCUGGAGCUUGUCGUGCAUAUGGUGCCGCAGCACGUCCAGCCCGUGACGUACGCGGCCCUCGUCGAGCUCGUACGCGAGACGCUGUCGGACGCGGAUCGCGCGAUGUGGCACGGCGAAGACCACGCGCCGCGCCGUACCCUGACAGAGAAGCGCGAGCUCAGCGACUGGAUGGCGGCUGUGCACGCCGCGAGCCCGGCCGCCCUCGAGGCUCUCGCGCGCGUUCGGACCCAGAUCCCCUCGAUGGUGGCCCCUGCGACGUGGCCCGAGUACUGGCUGCCCCUCGUGACGGCAUUCGCACAGCCAUGCGUCAGUGUGCAUGCCCCGACGCGUCACGCCGCCGUCUCGCACCUCCCGUACGUGGUCCUCGCACCCGAGAUGCACCAGCACAUCGAUCCCGCGCACCUCGCUCCCCACAUGGAGGCCAUGUUUGGGCACAUCCUGCUGCCUCUCCUCGAGACGCUCAUGGCACCCGAGACGACGCGGGCCGAUACGCCCGACAAAACGCCGCCGACCAUCGCCGAGACACGCGCCCUCGUGUGCCUCCUUGUGAUCCGCGCAUGGGUCCGCAAUGUAGGCACCUUGAUGGACGGCGUGCCGAACGACUUGGAGAAACCGGCCGCCGCUCGUGUGCUGCGCCUGUGGAUCGGUGUGGUGCACGCCACGGCCAAGCUGCUGCGCACGCCGCAGCCCCACAGCGAGGCGAUCGACGAGCAGCUCAAGAACAUGGUGCUGGUGAUGCACACGGCCGGCCACCUGGUCGAGGGCCCACCAGGCUCGCUCCGCCGCGCCCUGUGGGUCGAGACGUGGCGCCGCAUCGAUCCUAUCCGACCAGACCUGCGUGCAUCGCUGCAGCAGCCGACCGCACCGACCGACAAGGGAACAUAG